AUGUUCUCCCAACUCAUCACCGUCGCCGCCAUCUUCGCCGCAGGCGCCUCUGCCCAUGGCCGCGUCACCUCGCCAACACCUCGUCCUCUGGGCCUCAACAUGGAGGAUGCCUGCGGCCAGCAGCUCUAUAUCCAGAUGGAGUCCGACCCCAAUGGCAACGUCCAGAACAUGGCCAACAACGGCAAGAGCCAGAGCGACUUCAACGCUACCGCCUGCCAUCUGUGGCAGUGCCGCGGCUUCCAGUUCAGCGACGCCACGUCGGCCAGCAUCCAGAGCUUCACGGCCGGCGAGGUCGUCCCCUUCACCGUCGACAUAUCGGCGCCGCACACCGGUGUCGCCAACGUGUCGGUCAUCAACCUGGCCGAGAACAGCGUCAUCGGCAGCCCGCUGGCGUCGUGGUCUGUCUACGCCUCCACGGCAACGGGCGUCACCGCCAACGAGACCUCCUUCAGCGUCACCAUCCCGUCGGACCUGCCCAGCGUCUGCUCCACGUCUGGCGGCUGUGCUCUGCAGUGGUGGUGGGAUGCCCGGUCGGUCGACCAGACGUACAUGAACUGCGUUGAUUUCACCAUCGGCAGCUCUGGCUCCACCAGCAACGUCGCCCAGUCCAGCUCCAAGGCGUCCGUGAGCACCAGCGCUGCUGUUGCCGCUACCGCUGCGACCACACCUGCCUCCACGUCUGUGUCCACCACGGCCGCAGUGACCGUUGCUGCCAACGCUGUGAGCUCGGCAACCACGUCUUGCCCGACCGAUGUGACCACGACUCUGACCAUGACCCGAUCGUCGUCUGUCUGCACGCCCGUGACCACCACGGUCACCGUGACCGUCCAGGCCUAA